AACGUGUGGUUGCCAUUGGCUCGUGUCUAUGGUAAUUAGUGGUAGGAGACACCGGCUGUAAACUAUUUAGCUAGGUGGUAGGAUGGAGCGGGGUCGGCGGCAUGCUCAAAACACACGGAGGAUGGACUACUCAGGCCGUAAUGGAAAUAUUUGUCGGCGUUUUAUAAAUGGCUUUUGCAGAUAUGGUUCAAGGUGUAAUUACCGACAUGAACGGCCAGUUUUACCAUCAUCCCAAAUUUGUAGGUACUUUCAGAAAGGUGGAUGCUGGUAUGGUGAAAACUGCAGAUAUCUCCAUGUUUUACAACCUGAAGUUGCUGCAGGUAGAAGAGGCUCAGUGCCUACCGUCUCCUCCUUCAGUGUUGUUUAUGCUCCUCCUGACAGAAGAGGGUCAGAGCCUGCUCUUUUGCAGGCUGAGGUGACAUCCAGGCAAGAGAGCAGCAGAUCAGAAUCCGUGGUUAUUGUCUCAAAUCACCAGCAUAAUACUGGGCACCUGGCAGCAGAUAUCGCUGAGGAACAAACACAAGAUGUGGAUUCUCAUCUUGCUGCUUCCAGGGAAUCAGUCCAUAGCUUAGACAUUGCUCAAGCAACUACCCACAACAGAUGUAAUGAGCAGGGGGCUUCUUCCCAUGAGACAACCGAGGAUGGUGGUGCUGCUGCUGCGGCCCCAAGUACCAAAAGGUCAGUUGGGGAAUUAGAGGCCUACCAUCAAAGUAAAAAUGUGACCUGUGGCAUAUGCAUGGAAACGGUGUAUGAGAAGCCGGAUCCAAGAAGCCACAUGUUUGGAAUCUUGCCCAACUGCAAUCACUCCUACUGUUUACAAUGCAUCAUGACCUGGAGGAAAACAAGAGACCUUGGGCCAGACACAGUAAAGACCUGCCCACAGUGCCGAGUGAGGUCUGCCUUUUAUGUGCCCAACAAAUAUUGGGUUGAAGGAGAAGAAAAGGAAAGCUUAGUUUCUACCUUCAAAGAGAAAUUCAGUAAGAAAAGCUGCACUUACUUUUCCCGAUCAGGAUGGUGCCCCUUCCAAACAGAAUGCCUUUACAGACACGACAAACAUUCACGUCACAGAUCAUUUGAGUUGCCUAUAGACGAGGACGAUGAUGAUGACGAAGAUGACUAUGACUAUGAUCUGCUCAACCUUUUCAUAGCCAUGACCUUACUUGGUGGUGAUGAUGAUGACUACGAUGAUGAUGACGACUAUGACUUUCCUUUUUACCUAGCUGCAGAGUAUGGUUUCUAAGCUUUUUCAUAUUUUUGUCAGUGCCUGAAACCACUGAACAGGGUUUUAAAUAUAAAACUAUAGAAUGCAUGACUAUUUGGAUCCUUCUUUCCUCAUUGGAUCUAUGUUGAAACAUCUUGAAUAGCCAUGACAAAGAUCAGGGUUAUAACCAUUCACUGCAGAGCCAAGGAAGUUCAGGAUUUUAAUAACAGUUGGACUAAAGCAGGUCAUUUUACUCAGCAGCCCUCCUUCAGCCAGAGAGGAAGUAACAUUUGAAAUGACCUGCUGGCUACUUGGCUUGUCAUAGAACAGGGUUUGUUGCUCCUGCUCUGGAAAAUAAAAAUUCUUGUGUGGGAAUUGAUGAUUCACCCCUAUUUAACUUGUGGGUAAUCUGGUGCCUCCUAGUUUGAAUUUGUAAUUCUUUCACAUGCCAGUGUGCUUUAAGAUUGUUGCAGAUUGUAAUUUACCCUUGGCAUCUCCACUGGUGAGUGUUCUGACUCUGUCCAAGCAGUUUGCACCAUUUUGAUAUUUUUUAAAGUGUUGAGUGGUAAUUGUCUACGGAUAAAAAGUGUACUGUAAUUCUUGCUGAAGUCAAAUACUGAUGAUACCUGCCUCACAAGAUCCUCCAUUUCUAGACUUGGUAAGAACAUAAAGGUUGAGAUUUUAUUACUUUUAAACAAGUUGUACUUGUACACAGAAAAUAAAACAUUGCUUUACACUUUG